AUGAAUAAAACAGAAAUUGUGGUUCGCCGCCAAUUCUUGAACGGUCCACCAUCGACAACACCCUUCAACUUGCUGCGCCUACUCUACGACAUCCUCAACGUAAAUGUAGAAUACAAGGAGGCUACCCAAUCAUACACCAGCCGGUUGUCCAUUGUAGCAACCAACAACCGCGACUUCCAAUCCACCACCACGGACUCAAACGCGGACCGCGCGACUCAACUGUGUGCCGCUGCCAUCCUUCAUGACCUGGCUGUAGUUGGGCAUUUUGGAUAUGGUGGCCGACUCAUCCACUAUUGGGUUUCACAACGACUACUAACCGUCGAACAAUACAACCGGUUGGAGACACAUUAUGACAUGAAUAAAAUUGCAAUGGGGGAUUUAAUUAAUCAUCUGCCGGGGGUUGGUUUUCUUGCUCGUUGUUUUGUUGUUCUACGUCAUGGUAGCGCGGUGGAGGUGAUCGUUGUUCUUCUUCUUCGGGGUUUGCAAUGGAUAAAUAAGUCAAAUUAUGCUGACUGUUUAACCCUGUAUUAUGUAAUCUUAUCAAAACUAUUAAAAUUUUUACUGAAAAAAUGCUACCCUAGCCCUAACUCCUUAGCCUUAGUCUUAGACCUAGUCUUAACCUACUCUAUUAUACCUUUACGUUACAAACUAUAAUAUACGACGGCAAUUAAAAUAUUAAACGUUGCCAGACGUUGUAUUAUAGAGUUUGCUACAUAUCAUCUUCAAGUAACCGGAUAAGCAUAUGUACUACAACACCUUGAAGCAAUUAUUGGCUUUGGCGGUUGUUUUAAGAUAUUACUCUUUAUACCGUUUACUGUGGUGACGUACGCUGACAUAUAUAAACAGACGUCUUCAGGUAUAAUUGUCAAUUAGAGGAAUAUUAACGUCUUUUGAAAUUUGCUUAAGGAGUUUGAGGGUAGGUUACGGUAGUUGGAGCAUUUCAUACUUUUUUUACUUUUGAAAAUUUUAAUACGGUAUGCCAUAUAAGUUACACUUCAUAUUUUCAGCAUGGAUUUUGACGAACUUGCCAUAGGCAACACUACUAGGCACAAUAUAUACAGUCGAGCAAAUGACACCUUGAUAUUCCAUACCAUUCACUUGACAUGUGAAGUUGGUUUUUCUACUGCAGCUAUCCUAUGCAGCUUGUUCAUCAUCUACUUAGCUGUCUAUCGAACCAAAAACAAGGCUGUUCAAGUCUACUCUCAUAUGUUAAUCAUGAAUGCUUCAGUUGAUUUGAGCUACAGUAUUUGCAACUUAAUUGCCAUGCCUGUAAGAACUGUUUCAGACGUUUUGAUAGUUAAAUUUGUCUAGACUGGCUGGGCUGGGCUAGGCUGGGCUGGGCUGGGCUGGGCUGGGUUGGGUUGGGCUGGGCUGGGCUGGGCUGGGCUGGGCUGGGCUGGGCUGGGCUGGGCUGGGCUGGGCUGGGCUGGGCCGGGGUGUGCUAGGCGGGGCUGUGCAGGCUGGGCGUCUAGGCUGGGCCGGAGUGUGCUGGGCGGUCUGGGCUUGACAGGGCUCGGAAGAGCUUGUCAUGGCUUGGCAGAGUCGGCAGGGCUUUGCAGGGCAGGGCUAAACACAUUGAAAUUUAAAAACAAAGUAAGACUCAUCCUUUCAGAUUUUCUUUAUCUACGAUGGCUACUUCAUCCUAGCCGCAGGCAAUCCAAUCUUAAAAAGUUAUCCUUGGUCAGCCAAUAUUGUGACCAGCUGCCAAGGCUUCCUCAUCUACGUGUCAGUAGUAAUCAUCCCCAUCCAAUUCAUCUACCGUUACAGUGUUAUCCGUAACAAACCCUACACCAGUGGAGAACUUCUUAAAAUUUUUAUCAUUGGCGGUUUAUACCCAUUUGGGCAUGGCAUUUUGUGUUUUUACACUUUCACCGAGCCCACGCCUCUUUUUGACAAAACUUUUGAGCUGGACCCAGUCAUAUCGUCGCUUGAUUAUAUACCACCCUAUCGUGUCGGUGAUUGUGUGAACUCAAAAUUGAUGGCGCUUCACAUUGCCAAUUGUAUGGCGAUGACCAUCGCUAGCUAUGUCAUCAUUAUGGUGGUUUAUCGAAUGACAAAAACGGAGUUUAUCAAAAUGGAGAGUCAAAUGAGUGAUCAGACCAAGAGGGUUCAGAAGCAAAUGGAGCAGGUCAUUUUUAUUCAAGUAAGUUAUACAAUACUAUUUGAGUACGUCUAUAGUACUAACCUUUUAAAACUGCAAACUACAUUUUCCAAAUUUCAGGCCAUCUUCCCAAUCCUAGUCCUAUUCAUACCCGGAACCGUCUUACCCAUCGCUGCGUUAUGGAAAAUCAACUACCGCUUUACUGGUGAAUUUGUUGCCAUUAUGCAUACAACACCUGUUUUCAACUCGUUUUCAGUCAUCCUGUGUGUACCAAGCUAUCGUCGUAUCUUUACCGGAAUGUUUUACAAAAACCGGAACAUGGUCAGCUCUUCAAAACAAGGCGAUAAAAAGACUCAUACUACACAUGACUCCGAUCUCUUUGAGUUUGCUUAA